AACGUCAAAACAGUUGCGGCGCGGUUCGACAAAAACAAAAACACGCUACCAAAAACGGUUCCAAAUCGGAUUAAUUUUACGGAAUAACUUGUCGAGAACCAAUAGUGACCAUGCUAGCGGAGGUAAACGGAACCGUCCUGCCGGGCUUCCACGUCCAGGAAGCGAUCGAGCUGGCCAAAAACAACAAAAAGGUGGUUCUCGGACCAGGGCUCCGGCAAGACCGGGACGACCUGGUGCUGGUGUGUAAAAGCGGUGUCCUGCGCAAGAAGCCCCCAAACACGUUCUGGGUCGACUGCCACCAGAAGCGGUACGUGCCGAACCGGGGUGAAAUCGUGAUCGGAAUCGUGACGCAGAAAGCCGGGGACAUAUUCCGGGUGGACAUUGGCGCAAGUGAACCGGCCUCGCUGUCCUACAUGGCGUUUGAAGGUGCAACUAAGAAGAACCGGCCGGACGUCAACGUGGGUGAGGUCAUCUGCGCGCGACUGUUGAUUGCCAACAAGGACCUGGAACCUGAGCUGAUCUGCGUGGACUCGCACGGCAAGAAGGGCAAGCUGGGAGCGCUGCAGGACGGGUUCGUGUUCAACUGCAGCAUCAAUCUGGUAAGGAAGAUUUUGAACCCCAAGUGUCCGUUUUUGGACCUGCUGGCGAAGGAGCUGGCCUUCGAGAUGGCCGCCGGAAUGAAUGGGAGGAUUUGGGUUAAGGGGAAAACGGUAAAGGAGACUAUUGCCGUGGGGAAUGCGAUUCUGGCGGUGGAGUUCAAAUCAAACGAGGAACUCAGAGAGCUUUGUGACGAUAUUGGGGCGUAUGUGGCCGGGUUUAGCGUUUAGAUCUAAAUAGACGAUUGUUCAUAUGAAGAAAUGGUUCGAUUUCUGGAAAGAAAACUCCUUUAUUCUACUGGUUUUGUACUUCACAUUGCUUACUUUGUAUAAAAUUUCUAGAUGAACUA